ACUCCCCUUUUAUGGCACAGUCGGCGGCACCCGCUCUGACAGCCGCGGCGGCCGGGCGAGCAGAGCGGGAGGCCGGGCCUCGCGCCGCCGUCCACCGUCACUGCAGCUGGGCCGGGGGAAGCGCAGAGCGCUCCGCGGCGGGGGCGGGGGAGUGGGCGGGCCCGGCCGGGCAGGGGGUGGGGAGGCGGGGUGAGGCGGGGAGCCGGGCCGCCGGCGCUCGGGUCCGCCUCUGACUGCGGCGCAGCGGGGCGAUGUGUGAUUACCAUGGCGAGGAGUCUCUGUCCGGGGACCUGGCUAAGGAAACCCUAUUAUCUCCAGGCUCGCUUCUCCUAUGUGCGGAUGAAAUAUCUUUUCUUUUCCUGGUUGGCAGUUUUUGUUGGAAGCUGGAUUAUAUAUGUGCAAUAUUCUGCCUAUACAGAAUUAUGCAGAGGAAAGGACUGUAAGAAAAUAAUAUGUGACAAGUACAAGACUGGAGUUAUUGAUGGGCCUGCAUGUAACAGCCUUUGUGUUACCGAAACUCUUUACUUUGGAAAAUGCUUAUCCACUAAGCCCAACAAUCAGAUGUAUUUAGGGAUUUGGGAUAAUCUACCAGGUGUUGUGAAAUGUCAAAUGGAACAAGCACUUCAUCUUGAUUUUGGAACUGAAUUGGAACCAAGAAAAGAAAUAGUGCUCUUUGAUAAGCCAACUAGGGGAACUACCGUACAGAAAUUCAAAGAAAUGGUCUACAGUCUCUUUAAGGCAAAGUUGGGUGACCAAGGAAACCUCUCUGAACUGGUUAAUCUCAUCUUGACAGUAGCAGAUGGAGACAAAGAUGGCCAGGUUUCCUUGGGAGAAGCGAAGUCAGCAUGGGCACUUCUUCAACUAAAUGAGUUUCUUCUCAUGGUGAUACUUCAAGAUAAAGAACAUACCCCCAAAUUAAUGGGAUUCUGUGGUGAUCUCUAUGUGAUGGAAAGUGUUGAAUAUACCUCUCUAUAUGGAAUAAGCCUUCCAUGGGUCAUUGAACUUUUUAUUCCCUCUGGGUUCAGAAGAAGCAUGGAUCAGUUGUUCACACCAUCAUGGCCUAGAAAAGCUAAAAUAGCCAUAGGACUUCUAGAAUUUGUUGAAGAUGUUUUCCAUGGCCCCUAUGGAAACUUCCUCAUGUGUGAUACUAGUGCCAAAAACCUUGGAUAUAAUGAUAAGUACGAUUUGAAAAUGGUAGAUAUGAGAAAAAUUGUGCCAGAGAGAAACCUGAAGGAACUUAUUAAAGAUCGGCACUGUGAGUCUGAUUUGGACUGUGUCUAUGGCACAGAUUGCAGAACUAGCUGUGAUCAGAGUACGAUGAAGUGUACUUCAGAAGUGAUACAACCAAACUUGGCAAAAGCUUGUCAGUUACUCAAAGACUACCUACUGCGUGGUGCUCCAAGUGAAAUUCGUGAAGAAUUAGAAAAGCAGCUUUAUUCUUGUAUUGCUCUCAAAGUCACAGCAAAUCAAAUGGAAAUGGAACAUUCUUUGAUACUAAAUAACCUAAAAACAUUAUUAUGGAAGAAAAUUUCCUACACAAAUGACUCCUAGUUCAUGUGGACAGUUGCCAUUUUAAGAAACUUACCACUUUUAAAGAACAAUUUUGAGCAUUUUAAAAAAUGGCUUCUGAGUCACAUCCCUGCCAGUUACACAAAACUCCCUUCCCCUGGUUCUGAGCUGUCAACUUCAGUACACAUGAUUGCUGAAGUAAUGGCAAGAGGUGCAGAGCCUACAGUUGUUAAAGAUCUCAUUCCUGCCCUGUUAGAAACCAUUACAUUUCCCAAAUACAUUCACCGUGUAAUUACACGUAUUUUCACUAAUGACUUAAAAUAAUGCUGUGAAAAGUCUCAUUCCAUAAACAUCAACAGUGAGAGUGAUUUUUUAGACUUUAUGUUAGCCAAAAUACCAUUACUGGAAACAUUGUUUGCAAUGAAGCUGCUGUUUAAAGAAAAUUUAUAAAUUGACUAAUGUCUUAGCAUGGUAAAGUUUGCACAUUAACAAAUUAAGACUGCAAAGCAGGUUAAUUAAAAUUACUCCUUUAUAAACAGAUGUUGGGUUAACAGCAUGGCUUACUGAAUUACAGACUUAAUAACUUGAGAUUUCAGAAUGUUCUAAUAUGCAAUUAGCAAUUUUAGUGGUUAAAACUGAACUUUCCACUAUCCCUAAAGAUUCAAAGGGUCCAACUGAGUUAUCAGCCAACAAAACUGACAUCCUAAGGACAAAUCCAGAUCCACGUCUCCUGAAUUUGAAUUACAUGAAAAAUAGAAAUAUUAAGAGCAAGAUUAAAAUUACUGAAGACUUUUUUAGGCAGGGCACAGUGGCUUAAGCCUGUAAUCCUAGCAUUGUCUGGGAGGCUGAGGCGGGUGGAUUGGCUGACCUCACAGGUUCUAGACCAGCCUGAGGCAGAGCCAGACCCUGUCUCUAAAAACAGCUGGACGUUGUAGUAAGCACCUGUAGUCCCAGCUACUUGGGAGGCUGAGACAAGAGGAUCACUUAAGCCCAAGACUUUGAAGUUGCUGUGAGCUAUGACGCAUGGCAAUCUACAAAGGGCAACAAAGUGAGACUUGCUCUCAAAACAAAAAAAAAACAAGAAACUUCAGUAAAUGCCCACUUUUAUCAGUUAUUCCUGUGGGUCAACGGCUAUUUCUUAAAGAGGCUUGUAAAUGUAUUCAUCUAACUCUUCCCCUGUAAAUUUAAUGUACAAGAUUUAUUUGCUCCUCUUUCAUGUUACUUUCACAUAUAGAUACAGCACACACCUUUCAGCAUAAAUGAAACCAUAAAAUGAACUACCACCUUUUUGGAGAAAAACCCCAGUAUUUUCUGCUCAAAGAUUUCACCUGGUUAAAGUGAGAGUAUUAAAUCUAUGUAAAUUUCACCAGAUAGCGAUCUCAAAACUUAAAGCCAUGGAUCAACACCAAUUUGCUUUAUUUAGGAUUGUGUACUUUGAAGGUACUUUCUCUUCCCACUAAUCAUCUGGUCAUAAUAAAUGGAUUGUGGGGCAGCGCCUAUGGCUCAGUGAGUAGGGUGCUGGUCCCAUAUGCCAAGGGUGGCGAGUUCAAACCCAGCCCCAGCCAAACUGCAACAACAACAACAAAAUAAUAAAAUAAAAUAAAUGGAUGGAAGAAGUAUCUCCUAGUGAUGGCUGGUCUGUUGCUUGCCAGAUAUUUAAGGAGAGCUACACAUCAUACAGUGUGAGGGGUAAAACCUCUCAGGGAAAACAGAAGCUCAAGUAUUUGUGAACUGUGU